AUGCUGCGUCGGAAUGGGAAACCCACUUCAUGUGAACCGUGCCGAGUAGCAAAGGUUCGAUGUGAUCAUUCCACUCCGAUUUGUCGGCGAUGUAAAGAUAAGGGUAUUACGAAUAAGUGCUACUAUCACCCAGCCCCUCUAACCAAACCAAAGAGUCCAAAUGAUGGAACUGGCCCUCCGGCGUCCAAGCGGCGGAAUAAGCUCAAAGACCAUGUCCGACUAUGUGGAGAAGAAGAGACUAUCGCGGCGCGAACUUUGACAGGUAUACGUAAACGAGCGGCCUCACCAGGGGUUGCUGCCUCUAGAAUAUCAAACAACUCAAAUUACCUUGGUACCACGAGCUACUUAUCCGUGUUCAAAGAGACUCCCUCGUGGGUUCCCCGAGCGUCGUGGAACUGCACCCUACAAGCAGAAUUUGAGCACUGGCGCAGUGAUCAUACAUAUACAUGUGCAAGACUCGUGCGUCUGCUAUGUGCCAUAGGUUUUCAUCGUAAGCAAAUCACUUGGUACUAUGGCAGAGGACGCUUUACGAAAAUCCCCGCGCCGCUCGUUCUGGACUCUCUACGCCUGGUACAGGAACAUAUUGAGAAAAAUGCCUGGCAGCAGGAAAGAAAUUGGGGGAAGAUCUAUGACCAGAUCACAGCUGCAACGUCGCAUUCGCUAAAACUCACCAGUAAGACUACCCCCGCAGAGUUUUAUUCGUUGUUUACGGGGGAGAACCUUCGCUGGGAGUUUGUUGGUUUUAUAUUCGCACUUUGUGGUACGACUGUUGAGUGUCGAUACAAACCAACGCACGUAUUGAAUCUAAGAAAUGGCGAAGAGAUGGAUGUCGACACCUUUACCAAGGAGAUGCUGCUUGCGAGCAACGCUUGUAUCGAGAUAUGCAGGCAAUAUGAACAUGUGAAUGAUCUGAUGAUUUGGAUGUAUCAAUGUCAUAUUAGCCUAGGGUCAGAAGUAUUGGGCGAGACAAGCGAGAGAUUAUACAGCCUUUUCGGAGACAUGGUAUCGGAAAUCUACGCCAUGGGCCUGCACCGCGAUCAUCAUUCCACCAACGUUCCAUUUUUCCUUUCGGAGACGCGCAAACGGAUACUGGCAACGAUACACAAGUCUGACAAGAAUAUUGCAACGCUCUUCGGACGACCACCUCGGUUACCCUACCAGUAUUGCGACUUUGCUCUUCCAUUAGACUUGUCGGAUGAUCAGCUCUUUCUAGAUGAGCAGUGUUUAGAAGUUGUCCUGAACAAACUUGACAGUGAAGGCUGGAAUUGUCAGGGGCAGUUAUACCCGGCAACUGUGAUACGUAUGCGUCAUAUAUUGAGUACAUUGGGAGAGAAAAUGCUUGAAUUAUCGCUAGGAUCCAGGACAACAAGCUAUCACAACGAUCUUCUAAGAACGUACAAAUUAUGCCAAUGGACAUGGGAUCAAAUCCCUGUCCGGUUCCGCUACUGUUCUAGUUGUUGGGAAGAUGGGGAUGUCACUGAUUGCCUAGCCACAGCGAUAGUGUAUCUGGAGUAUCUGUUAAGUGUCUUCCAGAUACAAAGGAUACGUCGACAGGAAAAUCCGGAAACUACCAAAGAUCUACUUGAUACUUCGGUACAGUUAUUAUCGGUCACACUGGAUUUGACGAAACAGUUUCAGUAUGCUGAAAUCCAAAGAAAUUUCGGAUGGCUCUUUCUGGCGUUCAGCUGUCCAGCUGCCGGCCUUCUCGUUACAGAAGUACGCCGUCAUACGAUCUCCAACCAGCCUCUUCCAUGCUCUUCACCUCGCUCAGAAAUCAUCCGUAACCUCAGCUAUCUUAUCUCAUGGUUUCAAUCCAUCGAGCUACCUUCCGCACUCACCGGAACUCUGUGUAAGGAACUCAUAAAGGUUAUCAGUCGACUACUGGACGAAGCCCUAGAUUAUCAACAGCCAUCCCCGUCAUCUUCUCAGCCAAUACCGACCAAUUCUGGAGCCACAGACAAUUUUGAUGUAAAUUCGGCCAAUAAUAACACCAUCCCUUUGCAACCUCCAGAGGAAACGGAUAUUUCGGGAUCUCAGCAGUCCCUACUUGGACUCAUGGACGGAGAUCCAAUAGAAUCAUUAUGGUUAGGGAUGGGAAUGGAAUAUGGUGUCAGUGAUGACGCAUUUCAUGGCUUGGGACGAGGUCUUGUGAGCGAUGGGAUGAACUGGCUUGAUGAAUUAGGGUUGAACACAGACUUGGAUGAUCGUGCAGGAGUACCUGGAUCUUGAUUACAGGGUGCUAGCUAGGAAAUACUGAUACUCCUCUCCGUAUGUAUAUAGAGUUAGACUUUUAGAUUAUAUUGAUUUUGCUUCCG